CAUCAUGCAGGAGAAGCACCAGAUAUUUAUAUAUUGGUCUAAAAUGUUGUAUACCUCCUCUACUCAAGUUCAUCAACUUCGUGUUCUUUUAAAAUAGAUGUAGGAUCCGGAGGUAGAUUGCGGUGCUCGUCCUGAAGACACACCCGCACGGAAAAGGCUUCGCCUGUUUUAACAUUGUUAACAUUUAUCAUCAUCAUCAUCAUCAUCAUCAUCAUCAUCAUCAUCAUCAUUGUUCAAGCUAGAGUAAAGUAACGCAGACCACUCUUUAUUUACACUUCCUAUGAAACGGGGGCAUCAAGGAAGUUGUAGGAGCCUGUACGAGGUUAAGAAGAAACAUGGCGCCUCCUUUCGUAAAAGUGGCUACAAAGAAAUCAUUCGUCCUACCAAGGGAGCAAUGGUGGCCCUUCAUAAUUAUGGGCAUGGGGAUUCCGGUCCACAUCGUUGUGGGCCUUUGUGGGACGCCUUAUCUGCUCUACAUCUUUUAUUCUGCGUUGGUAGUCGUAUGCAAAGUGGUACUACCUCCAGUUCUUGGUCCUAAUACGCAUCACCACGAGGAGGAGGAGGAUUUUAACAAGUUCUCAACUUCCUGUUGGAUUCUCUUCUUUUUUGCACUCUAUUGUGUUUCGUAUUUUCAACCGGCGCAGUCGAGUUACCCCGGAUGGAAAGGCCAUAACUGGUUUUGGCACGACUUCGCGGACUAUGCUAACACAGGUCGAAAUUAUUCGGGAACCUUCGAGAUACGAAGCAUGACGCGCGACUUGGUGAGGACGAAGGAAACGGAGAAAGUACAAUAAAUCACAUUGGCCUUAGAAUUCAGUAGCUUACAUUGUUCGGAGAAAGUGCAAUAAAUAUGAAUAUUUUACAUAGCCAUAAUGAUUAUACAUAGCCAUAAUGACAGCUAUGUAUAUGUAUCUAUAGAUACAUCAUAUCACUAGUCAUCAUGCUAUCCAUGCCAUCCAAUGCGUAUCAUGCUAUCUAUCUGGCUAUCUAUGCUCCGUGCUCUCAACAACGUUAGAAUCUAAGCGACCCGAUGUGUGUAUGGUUUUAUUCUGCAGGGCGGUCCUGCGCCUGACACCAACAACCGCGCGACCAGUCGUGGCAAGGGGAGAGGUGCGACUUGCGACUUGGACUUCGAGCACGCCGGCGGAAGUACGUCCAGAAAUGAGUUGGACCCAGACGGGCAAUACGUAUUGGCUGCGCAUCCGCACGGCAUUAUCAUUCAAGCCAGGACUUUGUGGAGAGCAAAAAACAGGUUGGAGGAAUUUCUCAAUCGGGAGUGGCGCAUGAUUGGCGCGAGUGUGCUCUUUCGAAUCCCCUUGAUCAGAGAGCUGUCGCUGAGCUACGGCGCAGUGGACGCAACGAAAGCAACGUGCGAGCUAGUGCUAAAAAACGGAGCAAAUCUAAUAGUCUAUCCCGGCGGGCUAGAUGAAGCAAAUGCUUUGAAAUCAACCUCCUGCUCCUCUUCUUCUCAUUUUUCUGCACAGAACGGUUGUAGAGAAAUGGAAAAAAAUGUUGACGGAGGACGCGAGCGAACAGGUAAAAGCAGAACCGGGCAUGGCUGUUUCGACGAAGCAGACGAGACAUCACAUGAGAUGAAGGCGUCAUCAUCCUGCUCCACAUCGUCCUCUUCUACUUCGAGUGAAACGAUGUAUCUGAAGCCACGGCGUGGUUUUGUGAGGCUCGCUGUUAGGUAUGGGAUUCCGGUCGUUCCAGUCUUCGUUUUUGGGGAACUGGACUGCGUCGACGCGGUGCCGCUUUUGCCAAGGCCUGUACAAGAAUUUUUGCAGAAAAAUUUUCGGAUUAGCACCACCUGGUUCACUGGUCGCUGGGGGAUGUUCAUUCCCAAAAGGGUUCCAUUCAUGAUUUGCCUUGGGAAACCCAUCGAGAUCACAUCGACUAGCAAGAGAAAUGUGGUUGGCGUCGAAAACAAGUGCAGUGCUCUAGGUACGUACUUUUGGAAUAUAUUGUUCCAUUUGAACUUCCAACUGCACACGGGAGAGGAAUGUCCUUAUCGUCGUCACACCGUUACAACUCGCCUUCUGAUGUUUGUACUAGAACACCUAGAUUGAUAGUAGAUGUAGAUGAUGGCAUUCUUGGUCGUCAGGUAGCGAUGGAAAGCAAGCAAAGAAAGCAAUGCAAGACGAAGCAGAGGAGGCGGAGGUUGAGCGAGUAUAUGAGGCGUAUAAAGCCGGCAUAGUUGAGGUCUUCGAGCACUACAAAUUGGAAGCGCACGGCUACGAAAAGAGGACAAUUGAGUUUUUGCCUUAGCAAAUCCAAGAAAUGAAAGAGCUGUUACGCCGCGCAACGGACAUCAACAAACUCCUCAUCCUUUUAGUUUUACUCUCGCUCUAGCUCUACGCAAG